CGCUCGCGUCUGGCCGCGCAUGCGCAUUCGCGCUGUAGUCUAUCCGCCAUUGAAAUACACGAUCUCCGAUGGAAACGAGUCAGACAGUGACACAGACGACACUCACGAUUCUCCAUUCCUCGUGCUCUGAAGUGUGACGAUUACCGUUUUUUUUAACAACGUCUUUUUACAGUCCGUUUACAUUGGUGCAUUUUUUUUCCUUUUUCUUUUUUUUUCUUGUCCCGAGAUACGUUGAUGGACCCGCACAGGAUAUUUUAGUAGCUGUCCAGGUCGAACGUGUUCCCGUUAGUGGGUUAAGCGAACCGAGCCAGGCUCUGCUCUGGGGGUAAGCACGCCUGCAGCAGCUCAGCGUUUGAUGGAUCCUAGAAUCGCCUGGUUUCAGCCAGAACAGCGCGGACCUGCCAACAACCUGUGGAUGCACAUCUGGGAAACGACGCAGACGUUGGGAAACCUCUACUUCAACAACCACUGCAACACAGCCAGCGCCAAACUGACGAGCAGCAGCAACGCGGCCGACAGCAGCGGCAAGCCCAAGGAUCAUCGGGGGAUGUCUAGAUCCAAACCCGACAGUGAGGUCUCCGAUCAACAAGAUUUUAUCCCUCUGGAAGCCAAUAGCAGCAGCAGGGGUGUCCGCGGAGGGGGGCAAGUGGUUGGCAGUAGGUUUGCGGUCGUGGGAACUGAGUUGCCAAGCAAGAGGAAAAGAGACAACAAGGCGAGCACCUUUGGUUUUAACCGAAAUCUGCUGCUGACAGAUGGAGUGGAGGACAUUUACACGGGCACACCGUGGAAGAGCAGAAACUACACGGAAGGCAUUGUGGGGCUGCAUGAGGAGAUAAAGGACUUUUAUAAGUAUAUUUCUCCUCGUCCAGAGGAGGACCACAUGAGGCAAGAGGUGGUGGAGAGGAUCCAGAGAGUCAUCAAGGACUUGUGGCCCAAUGCUGAGGUUCAAGUGUUUGGCAGCUUCAGCACAGGCUUGUAUUUACCUACAAGUGAUAUAGACUUGGUGGUUUUUGGUCACUGGGAGACUUUACCUCUCUGGACUCUGGAAGAGGCGCUACGCAAGAGAAAAAUUGCAGAUGAGAACUCGGUCAAAGUCCUGGACAAAGCAACGGUUCCCAUCAUUAAACUGACAGACCUGCACACAGAGGUAAAAGUGGACAUCAGCUUUAAUGUACAGAACGGUGUUAAAGCUGCAAACCUCAUCAAGGAGUUCAAACAGUCUCUCCUUGUACUGGGUCUGAGUCCGGUUCGUACAUGUACAGCUGAAUACCGGUCCUCUUGCUCAUGUUGCUUCUCCUCUCUGUUUAUUGCCAUACGCAAAUCAGAGACGUCUAGGCUCCGCCCCCCUUCUGGAGUCGGGCGGGAAGUUGCAGCUCAUUUUCAUCAAUUUCCCGUAUUACCGUACCUGGUGCUGGUUUUGAAGCAGUUUUUGCUGCAAAGAGAGCUGAAUGAGGUUUUUACGGGAGGCAUCGGAUCAUACAGUCUCUUCCUCAUGGUUGUCAGCUUCUUACAGCUGCACUACAGAGAGGAUGCGUGUAGUUCAAACCCAAACCUGGGUGUCCUGCUGAUUGAGUUUUUUGAGCUGUACGGACGCCAUUUUAACUACCUGAAGACAGGGAUCAGGAUAAGAGAUGGUGGCUCUUACGUGGCCAAGGAUGAAGUGCAGAAAGGCAUGCUGGAUGGGUACAGACCGUCUAUGCUUUACAUUGAGGAUCCUUUGCAGCCAGGAAAUGAUGUUGGGCGAAGUUCGUAUGGGGCGAUGCAGGUGAAAGAGGCUUUUGAUUACGCUUACGUUGUUUUAAAUCAUGCUGUGUCCCCGAUUGCCAAGUACUACCCCAACAACAAGUCAGAGAGUAUUCUAGGUCGAAUAAUCCGUGUCACACAGGAAGUAGCGGAGUACCGUGACUGGAUCAGUGCUCAGUGGGGCCAGCGGAGCUACAAUGAGCCGGUCCUCAACUGUAAUGAAAAUGAUGUCACGCUGCUCGUGGAGUCUGAGGAGCUUGAUGAGUGUAAUAAUAAUAAUAACGUUUCAGAAGAUAGUGCGGUGCUUCCUACUGUUCCCCGGAGCAAAGUGUCCUCAAACUCCUCCUCUCCUUCCCCCUCUCUCCCUUCAUCACCAUCAUCAUCAUCAUCGCCUUCUUCAACAGCCUCUAGCUCGAGUGAUGUGGACUCUGACGGAACACCCUAUAAAACUUUGAAAGCUUUGGGUGGCCGGGGCUCUAACUCUUACAGUGAGAAUACAGUAAGGAAUCUGUCCAAUCACAGAUCACAAAAUCAUUCAGCAACAAUGCCCACCCCCACUUAUAAGGGCAAUAAGAGUCGGCAGCUUGCUAAAAGUGCUCAAGGGCAACACAACAACCCCAACAAGAUCCAGCAAAACAAGUCCCAAAAAACCAACAUGAAGAAGAGGAAACCUCAGCGUGAGGUAGCGCGUGAGGACCUGUGUAGAUAGGAGGAGCUCUUCAGUCAGACUUACACAUGCUUUUAAUGUCUCUGACCACAGAAGGGUGCUGCUGCUGUCAUUUAUCUCUCCUGUCCCACUGUUUAAGGGAUGUGUGUGACUUUGUUGAUGGAAAAGGAAAAAACAAAAAGAAAGAAUAAUUCAAGUGUGGCAUUGGCCAUGGGACUGGAAUCAUGUGGGAGAGUCUAGGUCUGAUUUCCACUGGCUUCUGCUCAGCUUCUGCUCACGGCCCAUGUGGGAGCUGCACUGCUCUGCUGGACAUGUGAAGGACCAGAGAAUGUAGGAGAGAGAAUUCAACUUGAGCAAUACCUGGAGCCCUGGAUUUUGCCUCACUGAGGACAACUAUAUAAAAAAAAAAAAAAAAAAAAAAAUUAUAUUGAAAGUGCAAAGAUUUUUAAUUGUCUAAAGAAACAGAAACAGAAAAGAAAAUGUAAUUUGUACAAGAGGAAUUAUGCAUGUUUUUUUUUUCUUCUUUGAAGAGUGGUUCUUUUUUUCUCAAAGCAGAUUAUAAAAAUAUUCUAUAUAAAAAAAAAUGAAUAAAAAAAAGCACCACAAAAUAACCCAAAAAUAUCAAACAUGGAAAUGGUUUCAUACUUAUUUCAUAGUAUUUUUCCAUGCUAUAGAUGUACACACAUUAAGUGCAAAACGGCUCCUCACAGCUAUGUGUGAGUUUGGGUUCAAUUGCCAACACUUCUCAUCAGCCUCUUCUGCUGUUCUGUGGUUUGUGUAAUGAUGUGGUUGGGCGGUGUAAGAGAAGUGUUAGUAGUUGGCAACAACUCUGUGCACACACUGCAUGAAUGUGUGUGAGUGGUCUGUCAGAGAGUGAAGUUGAUCUGGAAAUUUGAAGAACACUACCACUGUGGUUUUCAGGUGAUCUGCCCAUCACAAAAUGAGUUGUAUUUGUUAAUGUAUUUAUUUUUAUCAAAGACAGUGGAUUUCUAUAUGCUGACCGCAGAGGCCAGACAUGUUUUGUGUUCUGUCUUAUGGCAAAACAUGAUUGUUGCUCGUCAUGUCGUGUUACACACUUUUUUCUUAAUGUCAACUACCCUUUUUCAGGUAACAACUGAGUGACCAAGUUUAUAGAGAUGAAAAGAUGGUAUAAACAUUUUAAUUUGUGGCUGGUCUACUUAAAGGGAGAUGAGGUGAAUUAUUAAGUGCGAUUUUUAGUUUUGGUUCAUAUUCUUAUUUUAUUUUUAUUUUUUAUUUUUCAUUCCACUGGAUCUUGAUGUACUGUAUAAGUGCCUGUUCUCUCUAAAUUAAUAUUAUUGCGAUUCUUCAGAUAACCAGAAGGUGGUGGUGUAACCUAAGGUUAUUUCAUAUGCAAUAAUUCCCCUGUGAAAGUUUUUUUUUUUUUUUUUUUUUUUAAGAUUUGCCUACUAUUUGUCACAGGUCUCUGGUGUAAGUUUGAGAGAUGAUGGCUUUUGAUGAGAUAAUAUAAGCUACUCCACCUGUAUUGAGUAUAUUUGAUGCUAAAAUGGACUAUCAAAGCCAGUAAUCUGUCUUAAAACCAGAUGGAUGCCACUGAAAUCGAGUGAGAGAGGCAGAGAUAGAACAGUUGGAGGAUCAUUAGUGCCACAGCCAGUGCUCUAGGCAGGUUUAGUCCACAUGUUUCCAUGAUCAUCCAUGCAAUAAACAUUACAGCACAGCUAUAAAACACCAAGCUGUACAAUAUACUGUUCUAUAAAAUUUCUAUUCAACACUUUUAUUUUAGUUGCUAUACAUUUUGUACUCUCAUACUGUUAAGUGUACUAAAUGUUUGGACAAUUUGUUAUAUUGUCUUGGUAUAGGACAUUUAACAUGCCAGUAACUGAGCCAAGCAAAUGAACUCCAUAAUUAAACCUGAUAUUAUGUUCUCUAUCCAAGACCCAGUCACACUUUGAUAAAGACUAAAAGUCUCAAUUCCAACAAUAGUCAUUUUUUUGCUCGACUUCGUAGCUUUGUUCUGGUUGAGGAAAUUGCAUUUUGUGCACUACAGAACAUCUGAUUUGUCACAAAUUUGCACGUGCACCAGGUUUAAUGACACUGAGAGUGUUGAACAUCUUAAAUGUGUUCAAAUCCCACCUUUAAUGGUGCUUUGACUCUGGGAGAUGACUCUUUGCCCAGACAGACUCAGACAUUUACCUUAUCCUCAUCUCUAUUCUCUUUGGCAUGCCAAUAUAUAAUAUAUAUAUAUAUAUAUAUAUAUAUAUAUAUAUAUAAAGAUAAUAUGGCAGUGGAAACAAUUGUUGCUGCUUGAGCAGUCGUAUCACACUUUCCAAAAUCAGUCACCAAAAAUAAUAAUAAACAUUGGGCAUAGAUACCGUUUAAUUCUACUUUUUGUAUAUUUCCUACUUGUGAAGUGUAGGCUUUUCUAGCUUGUUCACUGAUAUGCAGAAAGCACAGAACUGCAGCUUUCACAAUGUUUCUAUUGAUUUCUCAGUAGUAUGGUCAAAACUGGUAAUCCCAAAAAUAAGCAAAUAUUGAUAUCCAUUAACAUUUCUAUAUUUUAUUAUUUUUUAAAUAAUAUUUCAUGGUUGAUCAUUAUUUUGGGGCAAAAAAAAAAGUUGUUUUUGAGGCUGUGUCACUCAUAUUAUUAGCUACUAUUAAGACAUUGCUAUGUUUUGUAUAUUUUUGUGAAAAUGAAAAGGGAAUAAAGCUCAAUUUUGGAUUCAAUCAUAAGGAAGAUCUGUAUUCUACAAUAAUAAAAUGCACUUUUAAAAUCA